AUGGCAUACUCUGACUUUUCGCUCGUUUUAGGUCACUGGUCCCAGAGAUUUAGACGUAUGCGGGUAUACAAUCCUCGUGCAACAUUUGAGCAAGCGGAAUUGAUCUCUAAGCUCUUCGAAGAGAGUAAGAAAAACAAAAAGCAGAGUGUAAAGCAAAAACAGAAGACAACAGAAAGUGAAGAAAAGGUACAGACUAUCAACUUCACCGACCUUCCAAGCGACAUUCUGCUCAAGAUUUUCGGCUACAUAUCGAAUCCAAUCGAAUACACUAACCAAGCGUCGCAGUCUAAUUAUCCUUUUGGAGCUCGCCGAAUCAUAGCUGUGAAGAGGCUGUAUCGGUUACGAUGUGUAUGCAAGAGGUUCAGGGAUGUGAUCAACGAAUUUCAUCAACACUUACCUAAACCGUCGAUUGGGCUUCGAUUACAAGCUCCGGUGGAACGCGAUCGAAAUUACGGCGGUUAUGUUGUCGCAUACAUAUAUGGUGAAAGUGGUAGACGAUAUUUUUCUAAGUGCGUGGUGAUCAAUGAGGUUCCUUCUGCGAUUUUGUGA